AUUCAUUUUUUUCUGUUAUCUGCUUCCCUUCACUGAGCAUCUCUAGUAGCUAGAUUUCACCACUCGCACACGGUGUGCACACACUGGACCCUGGUGGCCUGCCACUUGCAUAUUUUUGUUUUCCGUAAAAAUAUCAAAGUUCUUGGCUACAAAUUAAAAUUAAAAUUAGUUACACUCUGCAAUACGUAAUCGAAGGCGUUAAUUGGACCAGUAACGAGGGCGCCCAAACCCGGACAGUGGGCGGUAGAGGGGCCAAUUAGCGACAUUGCCCAGCGAACUGCGCAAAUGCCCGAUGGCACUACUCUCGGCACUCGCCAGGCUGCAAAUUAAGGAAUAAAUCAAGGAAGGACACAGGAUGGAUGACCUGUCGCAGGGCGACAUCUGUCGCGUGUGCCGCUGCGAGGCGCAGCCGGACAGGCCGCUCUUCUAUCCCUGCAUCUGCACGGGAUCCAUUAAGUACAUUCACCAGGACUGCCUGAUGCAAUGGAUGCGCUACUCGCACAAGGAGUACUGCGAGCUAUGCGGCUAUCGCUUCAGCUUCCAGCCCAUUUAUGCCCCGGAUAUGCCCCGUGUCCUGCCGCUUAAGGACGUGCUAGUGGGACUGAUGUCCGCCGUCUUGGAGGGCGCUCGCUGCUGGCUCCACUACUCACUGGUGGGCAUGGCCUGGUUUGGAGUGGUUCCGCUGUCGGCCUACCGCACCUACCGCUACCUGUUCCGGGCCAGCUCCUUUGACAUGAUCCUCACGCUCCCGUUCGACAUUUUCUCGAUGGAAAACCUAGCGUCGGAUGCCUUUCGCGGCUGUUUUGUCGUAACCUGCACGCUGUUAUCGUUCAUAGGACUGGUAUGGCUGCGCGAGCAGAUACUCCAUGGCGGCGGUCCCGAUUGGCUGGAUCGGGAUGAUGCACCCUUACAGCCUGCCGCACCGGCUCCAGCUCCAGCGCAGGCAGCAGAGGCCGUUGCUGCGGAGCCGCAGGAUGACAACAACAAUGGCGAUGCACCGCAGGAUGUGCCCAUGGAUAACGAGGCGCCAGCCCCAGCGGAUAAUGAAGCAGCCCAGGAUGCAGCCGCCCAGGAAGCAGCUGCUGCUCCAGCAGUGGCCGCUGCCGCUGUGGACGCCGAUGCCGAUGAACAGAACUGGAAUCCCAUGGAAUGGGAUCGUGCUGCCGAGGAGCUGACUUGGGAACGCCUCCUGGGACUGGAUGGCUCGCUGGUUUUCCUCGAGCACGUCUUCUGGAUCAUCUCGCUGAACACCAUGUUUAUAUUCACGUUCGCCUUUUGUCCCUAUUGCGUGGGCAACUUCAUCCUAAGCUCCAUGGAUCUGCUGCAGCCGGAGAAGCCACUGCUGCACUUUCACGGGCUGAUAACGACGCUCUUUGGAUACUGCUGCAUUGGCCUGACCCUGGUGGUGCUGCACUUCUUCGCCCGAGUGUUUCGACUGAGACGCGUCUGCUGGUUCAUCGGCCUGUGCUAUAUUGUGGUGAAGGUGUCGCUGCUGUCCGUGGUGGAAAUCGGCGUACUGCCUUUGAUCUGCGGCUGGUGGCUGGACAUUUGUUCACUGCCCUUGCUGGAUGCCAGUCUAAAAGAUCGCAAGGCGAGCUUCAAGGCGGCACCGGGCACCUCGCUCUUCGUCCACUGGAUGUUUGGCAUGGUCUAUGUGUAUUACUUUGCUGCCUUUAUAUCGCUGCUACGAGAGGUUCUACGACCGGGCGUCCUCUGGAUAUUCCGGAAUGUAAAUGAUCCAGACUUUAGUCCGAUUCAGGAGAUGAUCCAUGUACCGAUUGUCCGGCAUAUACGACGUCUGGUUGCCUCGGCCAUGAUCUUUGGCUUUGCGGUGCUGCUCAUGCUUUGGCUGCCCAUCCGUAUUCUUCAGUUUGCCUGGCCGAAUUUCUUGCCCUAUGCCUUGAGUGGUGAUGCGGAGGUCAAUGAUCUGAGCCUUCAGUUGCUUCUCUUGCAGGUUGUCUUGCCCGGCUUCUUUGAGCAAAUCCAGACGCGCAUUUGGCUUAAGGGACUUCUACGUAUUUGGUGCACUGCCGUAGCCUGGCUUCUAGGUAUCCGUAGCUAUCUGCUGCCAGCGCCUGAGCCAGAGAAUAACACAGCCGCCGAGGAGGAGGGAGUUGAUGUCGCCGCCGCCGCCGAGAAUGCCAAUGAAGGAGAUGCCGAGGGCGAGGGAAUUGCUGCUGCAGCACCACCGCCACCAUUGCCCCCACCUCCGCCGCCCGUAGAACCAUUGCCAGCGCCACGGAAUUUAGCUGCCGCUCAUCAGGCCAUCAUGCAGCGGGAUGCACCCGUCGGUUUCCAGCCUUACGACAAGCCCUCGCUGUUCGCCAUUCGACUGUGCGCCCUACUGCUCCUCAUGUGUCUCUCCAUUGUGUGUGCCGCCAUGCUGACGCUCACGGUGCCCGUGUACAUUGGCCGGCGUUUAAUGUUGCUCUGGACAGGCAACCCGGCUGAUAAGGCUGCUGCAGGAGCGGCGGUAGCUGGCGGCGCAGGAGCAGCCGGUGUGGCUGGAAAUCUGGCAGCUGUGGAUCCGGAGGCUGCUAGGAAAAACGAGCGAUUGCUGCGUUCGCACGAGCUGUACACCGCCGAAAUUGGUGGCUACCUGUGCUGGAUUAUAUUUCGAGGAAUCGCUGUGGUGGCCACUCUGCUGCCGCAAGGACGUGCGGCCAUUAUAACGAAACUAAAGGAUUGGGCGCGAGUGGCAUUGCGAUAUGCUUUGCCUGUCUUAACCCUGCUAGGAAUCUUUGUGCUGGUUCCUCUGCUAUUUGGCCUGCUGCUGGAGUUGGUCGUGGUGAUACCUUUAAGGGUGCCCUUGCGCAAGACACCCAUACACUUCCUGUGGCAGGAUUGGGCGCUCGGAGUGCUGUACAGCAAGAUUGCUAUCGCAAUGACCCUCAUGGGUCCCGAUUGGCAUCUGAAGCGAGCCCUGGAGCGGGCCUACGUGGAUGGAUUGCGGGACUUUGAUUUGAAGUUUGUGAUGCGUGACUUGGCGGUUCCAAUAGUUACUACUUUUGGUUUAGCCUUGGCCGCGCCCUAUGUCCUGGCACACAUGGUGUUCCCGAUUUUUAUCGCCGACGCCUAUGGACGGCAUGUCGUCGCUCGCAUGGUGUAUCCUGUUAGCUUUAUUGUUGUGGGCAGCAUCUGCUUCGUUUUGUUCCAGAUCAAACAGCUGAAGAAGCUCUAUCUGUCCAUCAAGGCGGAUAAGUAUUUGGUUGGCCAGCGGCUGGUCAACUAUGAGCACCGCAAGAAGCAGCAGCAACAGCAACAGCAGCAGCAGGCGGAGGAGGAGGAGCAGCAGAGGGCCGCCAGGGAGCUGAAGGAGCACCAGGACAGAGAGCGGGAUAGGGAACGGGAAAGGGAGGAGCUGGCACGCGAACCGGAACUGGAACAGCUUCUGUAACGAGUUAAGAUACAUAUAUUCCACAAGGAGCUAUUGAACCGCCAGUGGAGCUGCAUCAGUUGCUGGAUAUACAUACAUAUAUCUCUGUUUAGUCCAUACGUUUUUUUUUUUGGGAGUUUAACGUGUGAAAAAAAUAAAUCUAAUUUUUGCACUUCCUGCUGCGGCUCCCUUUCCACACAGCCUUUAGUUUACUUUUCGUUUUUAUGAUUAAUAAUCUGUUAGCUAAAAUUGUUGUUAAAAAAAACCUUACCCAUGUAUCGCUAAUAGGUCCUAAGUUGUAUGAUAUUUUAAGACAGCCGCUGCGCCAACCCCCAAACACCCUCAAGCCCCCAGAGUUCACAUAAAUAAUCUAUUCAAUGUAAUUGACAACCUUUUAUUAGAGUCAUAUGCAAAAAGGAAACAAAAAACAAAGAAAAAACUAAAUUAUAGAAUGAUUAACAACCGAGCGAAACUUUCAAAGGAAAAAAUCCAAAAAUUCAACAUGGUAAAAGUGGUGAAAAAGAAUUCUAAGGAUAGUGAAGACAUUUUCGAGCUAGCUUUACGAACUGUAAAAAUUAUAUAUGUAUACAUAUAAAUAUAACUGAUUUAAAAUUAAUUAAUAAAUUUAACUUUAAACUUCAA